AGCAACAAAUUCUCUUCAUACACACUCCAUAGCUUCAAUACACAACUCACAAAUGGAGAACAAAAUGUUAGGCUUUUGCGCAAUCGCAGCGGUGCUUGGAAUAAUAUCCGCAGCCACCGGAUUCGCAGGGGAGGCCACUAGAGUUAAGGCUUCAGAAGUAAUAGUUGAUUACAUAGAUGAUACAUGUCUUUAUCCAAGUAGUCCAGCUCUCGCACUCGGAAUUGUAUCAGCUGUGUUCACAAUCAUUACGCGCAUUUACAUAAGUAUUUCUUUCGGUGGAGCUUGUUGUUGUCGAACCGACCCUAAUUCAACUCCAAUUUCAAAGCUCCUUUUUGUACUCUCAUGGGUAGCUUCAGUGGUCGCAGUGGUGCUACUGUUGGCAGCUGCAGGACUAAAUAAUAGACAAGGUGGAGAGAUUGAUUCAUAUGGCUAUAUCACAUGUUAUGUUGUGAAGCCUGGAAUCUUUGCAGCAGGAGCUAUUUUAGCUCUCUUAAGUGCAGUUUUUGGUAUUGCUGCUUACAUUACCGUAGCACCACCAACUACACAAACCAACACAUAUCCUGCAGUUGCACUUCCAAUGGGUACUAAUGUUGAUCCAGAGAAAAAUCCAGUUCCUUUCCCUCCUCAGCAAUACCCUCCACAACAAGUUUAAAAGUGGAUAUAAGAAUGGGUCUGAAUUGCGAUAAUAGCGACAACAAAGUAAGAUGGACCAUUUUACGCUAGCGAUUUUUAGUUGUUUGUUUCAUAUAGUAAGUUGAUUGUAUGUCAUGUGAACAAUGGUGCUGCUUUGAUAAUUUUACUUGGUGUGUUCUAGGUUUCGUGCCACUUCAUUGUGUUUACUCAAUUUGUAUGUCUUUCUUAGUUGUUUUGAGUUUGUAAUUGUAGUUUCCUUCUGAGUUCCUUUUUA